AUGGCAACUGCUGACAACUUCAUGGCCACAGAUAUCAAGUGGGAUCCAACUGGAAGGUACGUUGCAACUGUUGUGACAUCAUCGGUGAUGGAGGAUGGGUUUUACAUUUGGUCCUUGAUGGGAAGUUGCUUUACUGAACACUCAAGGAACAAGUCUUUCAGAGCAAAAGGAAAAAGAGGUGAAAAAGAUCUGCGGCAGUCCAUGGAGAGGUACGAGGAAGAAGACGAAGACGAAGAAGUGUUGGAUUUGUUAAGCAGACAAGAGAUGGAGAAGAGAAGAGUCAUGGAAGAAGAAUGGGAGAUGUGGAUAAACAAGUGGAAACAGCUGCAUGAGGAAGAGAAACUCCAAACGCAAAAUCUCUUGGUGAGGGAGAAGAAGAGGAAGAAGAGCAUUAUUAUGAGACCAUUGAGGAGUUGA